UCACUCAGUUGGGUUUACAGAAAAUCGAGGACACUGGAAAAUCCUACCAUUUAAACUAAAUGCUAAUAAUAAUUUGUUUAAAGUUAUCUGGAUAUUUAGAACGGUGUGUGGACGACAAACUUAUUGUACGAAACAAUGAGUAACUUGUUCAAAUGGAUAUUCCUCCUGCAAAUAGUUAUUCCAGCGAGUGAAUGUAUGGAUACAGUUCAGUGCAAAUACCCAUGUAGCUGUAACUUCAAGACUAAAUCAGCAACCUGCAAUGCACGUCAUUUACGAUAUAUUCCGAGGUUACCAUCGGACAUAAAGACAGUCAAGUUUGUUCAGAACAAUUUCACCUAUCUAGAUAAACACUUUUUCAGAAAUCUUACUUCUUACAACCGAAUUGUAACACUCAAUUUGACUGAUAAUCGCAUACACUACAUGAGUGCCGAUUCUUUUCGCGAAUUCAAGUAUUUGGUGACCCUUGAUAUUUCUAAAGAGCCCAAUCUCAACAUUACUAUGCUACAGCAAUCUCUGUACAGCUUACCUGUGCGUCAAAUGUCAUUCAUUCAGUUCUCUGGAAAUGGAUGGCGAAUACUCCCAACGAACUUGUUUUUACCUUUCGUCAACAACUAUAGAAGCUCAUUCAGCAUUUCAUUGACCCGAAACAAACUUCAAAGCAUAGAUUCUAAAGUUUUUUGUUUCCUAAUUAAUCUGAAGACAUUAAAUCUUGCUUGGAACUCAAUUAAAAAUGUAACUCUAGAAAAUGCAUUAUCCGUAAGAGUUCUUAAUCUAGAUAGCAACUUUAUCCGUGAUAUUCCUGUGUGGUGUGGUUCCAAAAAUAAGACAAUGGUCCCAAAUCUUCAGAAAUUAUUCUUAAGUGACAACUCAAUUGCUGAAAUGGAUAGCUUAUCAUUUAGAUGUCUAGGAAACCUCAAAAUAUUAAACCUUGAUGCAAAUAACUUUCGCACAUUGCAAAGUAACACAUUUAGUGAACUAGAAAGCUUAAAUACAUUGUAUAUUUCAGAAAAUACAAGACUUAAAACAAUAGAAGAUUAUGCUUUCAAUGUGUCUUCUUUACAAUUUCUCUAUUUUACACGAAACCAUUACCAGUUCAACAAAGGAAUACACUACAGCUAUAACCCGAAGACUUUAUUUAUGAAAUGUCCUGAUUUAGAACAACUAGAUAUGUCUUACAACGAUUUGCCAACCAGAAACCAAUAUAAUUAUUUCCGAGAUAUAUUUCGUCCACUAGUUAAACUGAAGAUUUUGAGGCUAGAAAGUGCAUCAUUACGAUCUUUGCCAUAUUAUGCAUUUCCUACAAUGAAAUAUUUGCAAAUUCUGGAUCUGCAAAAAAACUUUUUACAAGGAUGGAACCGAAGUGACCGAGUGUUUGGAACCAACUCGUCACUCAAAAUAUUAAAUCUACGAUCAAACUUGAUAAGAGUUGUCAAUAAAACAACAUUCCCUCAAAGUCUGUUGUUCUCGCUUGAUAAGCUCGAUUUAGGAGACAAUUAUUUUUCUUGUAGUUGUGAUCAAAUGUGGUUUCGCGAUUGGAUACGGAAAAAUUUUGAAUUAAAAAUAAGUUACAGUAAAUUAAUGUUGGUUGGUUACCCGGAAUAUUAUAAAUGUAAGCUGCCUGGAGACAUGCGAGGCGUGCCAUUACAAGAUUACAACCCGACUGAUGAUAAUUGUAAACAAGUGAACCCGUUAAUCAUAACGGCAUCACUUCUCACUGGUGCCGGAAUAGUCUCGUUUAUUGUUAUAUUUAUAAUGUACAGAUGUCAGACUAAUAUUCGGAAUUACUUAUAUUUAUGUAGAUUUUAUAAAAACAAAAAAUCCGGUUACAUACAAUUAGAUAACUGUGAAGACUAUGAAUAUCACGCUUUCAUCGUGUAUUGUGACGCAGAUAGAAACUGGGUCCAUAACGUUUGUGUUAAAAGGCUUGAAAACGAGGAGGGUAUGAAGAUUUGCAUUCAUCAUAGGGAUUUUGACAUCGGAGAACCUGUAACAGGAAAUAUUGAAAAGUACAUGAGUAGAUGUCGAAAAAUAAUUGUUGUUAUGUCAAAUAACUUUGCCGAAAGUGAAUGGUGUCAGUGGGAGGUAGACCUUGUUCAUGAAAGAAGAAGGAGGCAAGGAAAGGGUGUUUCUCUUCUCAUCAUGCUAAGGAGUAUAGAUUCUAAGCAUAUGACAAAUCGACUCAGAGCUUUGUUAGAUAGUACUCCACAUCUUACAUACUGUUCUGGUGUAGGCGAAAAGGUGUUCUGGACUGCGUUGAUAAAAGGAUUGAAAAAACCUAUUGGUCAUCCACCAUUUGCUGUCGUCUGAAUUGCGUUUUAUGUGAAGUAAUUCGGGUUGAAAUUCGCUAGGAGCAAUACAGAAAUGAUGAGCUAUUAAGUAGAUUUUAAACGUACAUCUUUUAUUGUCUACUGGUGUGUUUAUAUAAUGUAUAUGAAUUAUCUACUUCACGUCUUAUGGUAUGAACCAUUCACUUCUUGCGUGAACCCCCCCCCCCCCCCCCCCCCCCUUUUUAAGGGGGUCACGCCUUUAUAUUGGUGAGUUUUGGAAGUGUCUAUAUGGGCCAUUCGAUAUCCUCGGAAUGAAGAUUCUCGGAACGUCUCGAAAAUUUUCGAUCAUUCAUACAGGUGUUAUCUAUGUCUUUGAUACGGUUCCACUAUGGAUAUGCUACCACGUAGAAUUGGAAAGUAAAACAAUAAAGACUAGGUUGCAGUCAAAAAAUCAUUUAUAUGUUAGAACCUAUUUGCCUUUUGACAAAACAUAUGUGUUUUAGUAUUGAUUUAUAAGUCUCUGCUUAUAUUUUGUAUAGCAAUAUAUUCAUAUAGUGGAAUGUUAGACUUUAAGAAGAGAUUGAUUUGAUAAAUAAAAUGUCUAUCCGUAAAUACUUGACGUUUGUGUUUAUUGAUAUUAUAUUCUAAAUUUUCGGAAAAAAAAUCAUUAACAGGAAUGUAUGUUAAUUAUAAAAUUUCAAUUUUUUG